AUGGAGGAACUCGACCAGAAACCACCCGAGAAAUCCCAAGAAGAGCAAGCUAUAGGAGAUCUAGAACAAGCAGAAACCAAGGAAGACGAAGAUGGUGGCCAGCAGCGAGUAACCCACGCUGACGAAGAACCAUCUAUGAUAAGGAUUCUUCUAGUUAGUAUAAGUUUAUGGUUUGCCGUCUUCUUGGUUUCGCUGGACCAAACUAUCGUGGCCAAUGCCAUCCCAAGUAUCUCAGACGACUUUCAAAAGCUUUCCGACGUGGGUUGGUAUGGUAGCGGUUAUCUCCUGACUACAGCGGCAUUCCAACUCUUCUACGGCCGGGUUUACGCGAACUUCUCCAUAAAAUACACCUUCCUUGCCGCCAUUGGUCUUUUCGAGCUUGGAUCCCUAAUAUGUGGUGUCGCGCCAACUAGUACCGCCCUUAUAAUCGGCCGCGCCAUAGCCGGCGUGGGUGGGGCCGGCAUCACUUCUGGUUCCAUGAUUAUUAUCACGCACAUAGUCCCACUCCGAAUCCGUCCUAUAUUCGUAGCAUCCCUUGGUAUAAUUUUUGCAGUGGCAUCCAUUCUGGGGCCUAUUCUGGGUGGGGUUUUCUCAACCAAAGUCACCUGGAGAUGGUGUUUUUAUAUCAACCUCCCUUUUGGUGGCGCUACAAUCCUUGCUGUGUUACUGCUUUUCAAAUCCCCGAAGCGCCCCCAACUCGACUCCAUUUCUCUGAAGGAGAAGCUCAACAGGAUUGAUUUUAUCGGCCUGCUGCUUUUUAUCCCUUCCAUUGUCUGUCUAUUACUAGCACUACAGUGGGCUGGAUCUACCUAUGCAUGGAAUGAUGGCCGAAUUAUUGCCUUGUUCGUCGUUUUCGGCAUGGUAGGAAUCAUAUUUCUGGCAUUCGAAUUCUGGAAAGGCGCUGAAGCUACCCUUCCGCUACGAAUGCUGGCAAGGAGAAGCGUAGCCGCCGCUACGUGGAAUUGCUUCUGUAACGGUGCGACUUUCCUUACUUUCGUUUAUUACAUUCCUUUUUGGCAUCAAGUUAUUGGAAAUGUUACCGCCGCCGAUUCUGGCAUCAGACUACUUCCAUUUGUCCUAGGAGUGGUCAUCAUGGCCAUGAUUUCCGGGGCAUUGGUUUCUAAGCUUGGAUACUAUGCUCCAAUGAUGAUACUUUCUUCCAUCAUUGCUCCAAUAGGGGCCGGCCUCAUGACGACCUGGACGGUCGAUACAAGCUUUUCCAAAUGGGUUGGAUACCAGGCAUUGCUAGGGAUUGGGAUUGGACUUGGCCAACAACAACCCUUCAUGGCAAUACAGACGGUCCUAUCCAAGCAAGAUGUCUCAUCGGGCAUAUCUAUUGUUUUACUAACACAGACAAUUAGCGCAGCCAUUUUUAUUUCCGUCGGGCAGUCUGUGCUCCAAAACGAACUCCUUAAAAAUCUGACAGCUACAUUGCCUAACGCCGAUUUCGAUGUAUCUAGUCUUGUGGACAUCGGCGCGACUCAACUCUGGUCUGCAACACCUCCGAAAUACCUAAAUGCAGUCCUGAUCGCGUAUAACGGCGCUCUCACCAAGGUUUUCACAAUCGGGGUAUGCACUUCUGCUCUCACGAUACUUGGUAGCCUAGCAGUAGAGUGGAAGAGCGUCAAAAAGGGCAAGGACACGGAGCAGGAGCUCGGAACGACUACUGAGUGA